AUGAGGAGUGCCCUGCUGUUCGCAGCCAUUCUGGCCAUUAGCCUGGUUCACGGUUUGGGGGCUGUCUGUGAGGACUCACAGGAGCAGGUGGUGCCCGGUGGGGGCCACAACAAGAAGGACUUGGACCUCUACCAGCUGCCUCCAUCUUUGCUCCGGAAACUCUAUGACAGCCGCUCAGUCUCUCUGGAUGGAUUGCUCAAAAUGCUGAGCAAGGCUAGCGUGGAUCCUAAGGAAUUGCCACUUCCCCAGAAACGUGACAUGCACGACUUCUUCGUGGGACUUAUGGGCAAGAGGAACAGCCAGCCAGACACUUCUAUUGAUGUAAACCAAGAGAAUGUCCCCAGCUUUGGCACCCUCAAGUAUCCCCCCAGUGUGGAAUGA